AUGGCUGCGUCCAGCAACGAUGCGAGGGACGUCAAACUGACCGCUCUCAUCAAGACGAUGUUUGAGCGCGUGCCAAAGGAGAAGCGGCUGACGGUGGAGGUUGUGAUGCAGCUGCUCAAGGCGAAGUACGUGGAUACCUUCCCGGCGGAGUACCUCGCAGAUCGCACCGGGCUGCUUGCCGGCCUCAUUGACUCAUUCUACAGCGCAGAGAGCACCGGGAAGAGGGACUCCGGCGAGAAUGGCAACUCCAAGAAAAAUAAUAACGAAGGUGGCGAGGGGGGAGACGAUGAGAGCGAUGACGACGACGAUGAGAGCGAUGACGACGACGAUGAGAGCGAUGACGACGAUGAUGAGAGCGGCGAUGGUGAGGAGGAAGACGAAGAUGAAGACGAGGCUGAGGAGGAUGAGGAGUCUGACAGCGCGGUGGCGGACGAAGCGGGUGGCGACGACGGGGGUGCGCCGGCAGCGAAGCGGCAGCGACUAGAGGAGGGCGCCAGUGAUGUGGCGCGGCGUUGCCACGAAAUGGUGGACUGCCUGCGCCGCCUGAGCUACCGCGUGCGGAAGCAAGAGGAUGGGGAGUCGUCAGAGACGUACCUGCAGCAGUACUUGUUGCCCCUCUUCCAGGAGAAGGGGCUGGACCCGGCGCGAUACGGCAAGGCUGACGUGAGACACUACCGAGUGAAGCGGGAGCUCGAGCAACUACAAUCCGACGGCGCCGAUGUCAACUUGGACCGCGCUACACGUGCCGGCCGCGGCCUCAAUCGUCUUCCGACGGCCAAGGACGCCACCAUCAACGUCAGGACGUCGCAGUUCCUCGAUGAGGAGUAG